GAUUUGCUUGCCUCAGACUUUGUUAUUCCCACUCAAUCUGCCUUUAUUCGUCGGUGAAAUGGCUGCACUGAUCAGGAGGAUCAUCAGCACAGCUAAAGCUCCAGGUGCCAUCGGUCCAUACAGCCAAGCGGUGGUGGUGGACCGGACGAUGUACAUAUCAGGACAGCUGGGGAUGGAUCCUGUUAGUGGGCAGCUGGUGGAUGGUGGGGUUCAGGCACAAACCAGACAGGCUCUGCUGAAUAUGGGUGAAAUACUUGGAGCUGCUGGCUGCAGUUACGAGAACGUUGUCAAAACUACAGUGCUGCUGGCUGACAUGAACGAUUUCACAAGUGUCAACGAUGUCUACAAGCAGUUUUUUAGCACCAAUUUCCCAGCCAGAGCUGCUUAUCAGGUCGCUGCCCUGCCUAAAGGUGGACUGGUUGAAAUCGAGGCAGUUGCUGUUUUGGGCCCUCUGAGCGACGCCUCCUAACAAAUACAGAAACAAUAAAAACACAUACGAUAUGAAGAAACCUGAAGYAUGAGUGCUGAUUUAGGUGGUCCACAAAAACCAACAAAACAAACCUAUCUAAAGAAACUAUUUUAGCUUCUUUUAAACCAAAUGUAUUUUGUUCUGAAGACAGACUUGUUUCUCAUGUAAUCAUGGAGCGUGUAACCUAACAGACUGGCAGUGCUCAGGCUCGGAGCACUUUCUCUUCUCAUUAACAUUGAUGAGACGGGUUUGAAGACAACACAGUGUUUUCAGCUCCUGCUGCUCACGUUUCUCUCACAAUAGCUGUAACCUUGUUUGUUGUCUUGAAUUACCUGAUCUGCCUUUAUAUCCACCAUGCAAACCCAGGACAGUCUGUCAUUAUUGAUGAUCAGAAAUAACUAAUAAGUGAUUUUUUUUAACAAAAAUACUUGUGUAUGUUGAUGGUUGGCCUUGUGUUCCAGAAGACUUCCUGUUACUGAACACAAGCCAGUGUUGGUUAAAUUCAAAAAGUGGUUACAAGUAAAUUAAAURGGAACAUGA